AUGGUCCUCGCCCCGCGCCCCGUCCGCGCGCUUCUCCCUGCGCUGUACGUGCUCGCAGCGGCGUCUGCCACUUCAAAUAUACCUCAUAAUGAAGACCAGAAGCGUGUGGAUGCUAAGAACGGGACGGAAUCUGCUCUCGGUCUGUCUAUGGACGUCCCGAAAGUCGAGACGUGGGACGUUCAAGUCGACGGAUCUGUCUCCAGCACCGAGCAGCAGUUCUGGCGUCCAUUAACAGCCAAUGAGGAGUCCGUAUCAAGUGGUCAAGGCAGCCAAUGGGAGACAGCUACUGGAGACGACGAAGAGGUCGUGGAGACGGAGCGUGUCCCGUCUCUGGUCGUAGUGAAGGCCUCGGAAGCUUUUGUGGCACUGGAAAAUCGCAUUGUAGCCGAGGGAUUCACUGAUGAGCUUGUGGACAAGCUGGAUAAAGUGGUGGACAAUCGGUCGGACAACGAGGAUCCUGAGACAGCGAACGACUGGGCGUUUGCCGUGACGACGCUCUCGUUCAAGCAGCUUUUUGAACCCGAUGCAGCUUCAACCAAUGAACAGGCUUUUAUUGAUGCUGUAAAUAACCUCCAUGUUGCAGCCGAUGCAGGCGUGCAGUCAGCUCUGAGUGUGCGAGCCAUGAUGGACCUCAUAGGCGUCCCUGAUCCGGAGGAGAUGGAAGAUUUGACGAUCGUGCGCCUAUCGCGACAGGAGAAACAAGCUCGUGGUGACGAGAUGCUGUCGAAAUUGCUGGCAAUAAACGACUUUACAGCUACUUUAGCAGUGGCGUACGGGACUCAGUCUGGACGGAUCUCUGUGCCGAGAAAAACAGAUGGAAAGGAUGCUUCGGCUGACGCGGGUUCGGUAUGUGAAGCUGCUUUACCCUUGUACCGCGCGUGUGCUGAAAGAAAUGUGCACAUUAUUGCUGGUAAAGACAGCGAGCAAACCGUAGGGGUCCCGCGGCUCUCGGAUGAGCUCCUGUAUCCUUCAGAAAGUAGUUUCAUUGAUGACUACGAAAUUGGGAGGCUCCAUUCGCUGUCCAACGAGAACGCUGCAGCUCAGGAGAUAGAACGUUAUCAUGACAUUGCAAAUAACCCCAUGGAUGAGCAGUAUCCACAGGCAAUGCUGCGUCUGGCUGAUGCCUAUUACUUUGGCAACCCGGCAGCCCAUGUGGCGGCUAAUCAAGAACUCGGAAUACAAUAUUUUCGCCUUGCAGCGGAUGCUGGUAACCCAGUGGCUCAAGCUAAUUACGGUAUUCUCCUCGCGAGAGGUAUCGGUGUCGACCAAGACGUACAAGAAGCGAUUGUGUACUUAGACCGCGCAGCUCGGCAAAAGCAAGCGUUUGCUUUGCAUGAACUUGGCGUCAUUUAUUUUGAUGGCGACGGUGUUCCUCAAAACGUGACACGAGCACUCGGGCUUUUCGAAAAAGCGAUUGCACUAGGCCACGUUGAAUCGCAUUUGUUCCUGGGGUCCGCUUAUAUGCAUGGAGACGGAGGUGUCGCGGUUGAUGACGAGAUGGCAUUUUCACAUGUUGAGGCAGCAGUACAUGACGCAGACGGCCAAUCAAGCCAGGCGUUGUUCGAGUUGGGCGUUAUGCACUUUCGAGGCAUUGGUACACCGCGCUCUUGCCAUACUGCUAUGCCAGUGUUCCGCUCGGUGGCCUUGCAUCCCCAUGUGCUAUCCGGGCUUCCAUUUUCGUUAGUUAAAGCGUAUGAAUGCUACACAAAAGGUGAUUAUCUACGUGCGUACUUGCACUACCGGCUCGUGGCAGAGCUGGGGGACGAAGAUGGACAAUGUAAUGCGGCUUUCCUGCUAGAGCAUUAUGGCGAUCAUAUUCUCAAGUGGCAGUGGCUAGGACUUGCCAAGCCAAACGAGGUCUCGGGCAAUCCGUUGCUGCGAGAAGUCCUGGUGUUAUAUUCGCAAGCGUCGGCGCUGAACGAUUCCGAGGCAAUUCGAAAGACUGGUGUAUGCUUCCAUGAGUCAUGGACCGGCGUGUGCUCAAGGAAUCACACCCGUGCACUAGAGCGCUACAAACUUGCAGCGGAGCUAGGCAACGCACAGGCUGGCUACGAUUGUGGUUCGAUGCUGGUAGCAGGCGAUGGUGUACCUCGAGAUCUUGCAGCUGCUCGGAGCUACUACAAAACAUGCAGUGAAGCCACGUUUCCUGCCAACGUGCCGUGCGUACUCGCGCUUGUCGGGCUGGAUAUCUUACCGAUCAUCGAGGUGAUUGUGCAGAAGAUUUGGGCGUGA